UAUCCAUUUCCUGCUUGGAUACUCACACUUCCUGUAGGAUCACUUAUUCAUGGCUUCCUUCUAAUCACUAAUACCACCACCAGAUCCCCUCUCUCUCAUUUCUUUAAUCCAUCCCCAAAUCUCCGUUUUCGGAGCUUUCUCCUUGUACCGUUCCCCAAAAUCAACUACCUCCGAUUUUCGAUCCUCUUCCGAGCCCCAAAAUGCCGCGGUUCCAACUCUACCUCCUCUGCUGCGCCGCCGCGGCGGCGUCGCUUUCAACACUCUCGGCCGGCGAAGUGCCGACCUGCUCCGGGAUCGUUCCGAUGAGCUACCGGAGCGAUAACAUUUCGAUUGCCGACUUCGGCGGCGUCGGGGACGGCAAGACGCUCAACACCAAGGCGUUUGAGGAGGCGAUUUACCGGAUUCAGCAUACGAAGAGGCGCGGCGGCGGCGGCACUCUGCUCUACAUACCGGCGGGGGAGUAUUUGACGGAGAGCUUUAACCUCACCAGUCACAUGACUCUCUACUUGGCUACAGGCGCCGUUAUCAAGGCCACACAGGUGGAAACUUCGAAUUGGCCGUUGGUUGCUCCUCUUCCAUCCUAUGGAAGAGGGAGAGAGCUCCCUGGAGGAAGGUACACGAGCUUCAUUCAUGCUGAUGGAGUACACGACGUGAUCAUAACAGGCGAGAAUGGCACAAUCGACGGGCAAGGAGACGUCUGGUGGAACAUGUGGAAGCAGCGGACGCUUCAGUAUACCAGACCGGGCCUGGUCGAGUUCAUGAAUUCACAUGACAUAAUCAUUUCCAAUGUCACCUUCAAGAACUCUCCCUUUUGGAACAUUCACCCUGUUUACUGCAGCAACGUUGUGGUUCGAUAUGUUACCAUCUUGGCUCCCCAUAACUCUCCUAACACCGAUGGAGUCGAUCCAGAUUCAAGCUCCAACGUGUGCAUAGAAGACUCCUACAUCUCCACCGGCGACGACCUCGUCGCCGUGAAGAGCGGCUGGGACCAGUACGGCAUCGCAUUCAACCGACCCAGCACGGACAUCACCAUCCGCCGCAUCACGGGCUCAUCCCGUUUCGCCGGGAUCGCCGUCGGCAGCGAAACCUCCGGCGGCGUGAAAAACGUCCUCGCCGAGAACAUCAACCUCUACAACAUGGGCGUGGGGAUCCACAUCAAAACCAACACGGGCAGGGGAGGCUACAUCAGAAACAUCACCGUGUCCAACGUCUACAUGGAAGACGUCCGGACCGGGAUCAGAAUCGCCGGCGACGUCGGCGGCCACCCGGACGGCAAUUUCAACCCGACCGCUCUCCCCGCCGUCGAAGGGCUGACCCUCGACGGCAUUUGGGGUCAGAGGAUUGGUCAGCCCGGUUUGAUUCGCGGGUUGAAGGAUGCUCCGUUUAUGAGAGUUUGUUUGUCGAAUGUCAAUUUACAUGUGGUUCGGAGGAAGAGUGGGAAAAAUAAUAAUACGCUGCUGACGUGGAAAUGCUCUGAUGUCAGCGGUGGUUCCUUUCUGGUCAGCCCUUCUCCUUGCUCUGAGCUCGCUUCCAGUAAUGGCGCCACCGGCUCUUGCUCCGAUCACUUCCGAAAUCUCUGAUCGGUUUCAGUUUCCGUUGCUCUGUUGGCGAUGAUCCAACUCCGAUUUCUGACGGGUUUUGAAGAAAUCUGGAGUGUUUGUUGUAAAGUGAACUGGCUAGGUCCUGCCCUUUUAACUUCAUUUUGCUUGUUGAUUCGAUUUGUAUUGCUUGUAUAGUUGGUAAAUACCGAUUAUUAGUCAAAUCUCAAAUGAUUCCUGCAUUUCCUUCUUUAUUAUCCAAAUGUUAAUUUGCAGUUAGUAAUUUUGGUAGUAGUGUUUUUUACCCUAUAUAAUUGUAUAAGAAUGGUUCGUGUUGGGGGGCAUGGCUCGGGUCCAGCCGCGAUAACAACCUCGCACACAUCGUCCUCGGGAACCCAGGAACUUCGCUAAGGCAUGGCGCGUCCAAGAGUAAGUAGUCACGGAACCUCCUCCCGAG